AUGCUCAGAGGCUCACUCAAUGCAGUCCACAACUUUCUGCGGUGCCCUUUCUAUCACAACACAAACACCACAACACAAGGCACAGAACACCGUGCUUAUGCAUCCUGUCCGUAUGUGUGCUGGUGUCUCUCUUUUCCACAGAGUGGGUGCGCAGGUCCAGGCGCGCGACGGCCUCCCGCACAACCCCUACCGCAACCUCCUACAACAGGUAGGUCACAUGCGGGCGAAAACAGAAGGCGCCCAUCUGCUUGUCGUAUGUAGGCCGAUGGAGUGGUCAGGCUUUCGCAGCUGACGCACCACGCCGAUGAGAACAUACGCACCCUGGUCUGUCGACAGGAUGUUUCCCCGCGAAUGUCCGUGCAUCCACUGGCUGCACUUGUGUUCCUCUGUUGCAUUGGUUCAGUCGGUCGAGGCCAUGGAGGCUAUGAUGAUAGAGGAGGACACCGACGUCGGCUCAGAAGGCACCGACACCACCAAGACCAGUGACGGGGAGGACGGCAGCGAGUGAUUGCGGUCUGGGGUGUGUGAUGAUGUUG